AAUAAAAAUUUAGAGUAGUAACCCCAAAACCAAUUGUCAAAUAAAGGUAGCAAGCAGCUGUGUUAUACGUGUUUUUAUUUAAUAAUAUCUCGAUAAUGUGCGUUUAAAACACGAAAAUUAAAUGUGAAACGCGAAAUAAUCAUGUCGAGCCGUCGUUCGAUACUCGGAUCGGCGCUUGACGCUCUACCACCGCCGUCAGAUCCUCUCCGUGAAUUAUUUGAGGCAUGCAAAACUGGCGAUGCUGUUCGAGUAAAAAAGUUAAUUACUCCUCAAACGGUGAAUGCCAGGGAUACGGCUGGACGAAAGUCGACUCCUCUACACUUCGCUGCAGAAAUCUUGAUAGCGGCCGGUGCAGCGUUACAGGCUCGUGACGAUGGUGGCUUACAGCCUUUGCAUAACGCAUGCUCCUUCGGCCACGCUGACGUGGUCAGGGCGCUGUUAGGAGCUGGAGCUGCUCCAGCCGCUAGAGACAAUUGGGGGUAUACGCCCUUGCAUGAAGCAGCUGCCAAGGGCAAGGUGGAUGUGUGUAUCGGUGAAUACUGUGCAGCGGAUGUCCUAGAAGCAGCUAGGUCGGGAGCUGACGACCGACUGGCAUCUCUGCUGACCCCUCUAAACGUCAACGUCCACGCUAGCGACGGCAGACGGUCUACCCCCUUACAUCUUGCCGCUGGGUAUAAUAGGGCAAGAGCUGUAAGGUUACUGCUACAACGAGGCGCCGAUGUGCAUGCUAAGGAUAAAGGUGGUCUAGUCCCCCUCCACAACGCGUGUUCGUACGGUCACUACGAGGUCACAGAGUUACUAGUUCGCGCUGGCGCUGAUGUUAACGCUACCGACCUUUGGGCCUUCACACCGCUACAUGAGGCAGCUAGCAAAGCGAGAUUGGAGGUAUUCGAGUACCGAGGCCACUGUCUACUGGAAGCCUGCAGACUGGCUGAGCCGGCCAGGGUGAAGAAACAGCUGACGGCUGUAUCGGGACACCAACAUCAGGUGAGCGGUGCAAAAGUAAACGCUUGCGACGGCCGAGGCUCCAGCGCCCUGGCAGUAGCAGCUCGACGAGACUCCGCCGCCGCCUGCAGACUACUACUGGCGUGCGGAGCUGACACCACUGCUGAUGCCAUGUAUCCGCAGCCAGAUGAUGCAUGCGCAAACGCAGCGGCUCUGCGCCUGUUGGAAGCAGCUCGUACAGGAGACGUGGAGAACGCUCGCACCAUCCUGGACGCCAGGCCCCGGCUCGUCAACUGCAGGGACGUGGAUGGGAGACACUCCACUCCUCUACACUUCGCAGCAGGAGGACUAGUCCCCCUCCACAACGCGUGUUCGUACGGUCACUACGAGCUGACGGAGCUCCUAGUGUCGGCCGGCGCUGGAGUCAACGCGGCCGACCUUUGGAGAUUCACGCCCUUACAUGAAGCGGCUGCUAAGGGGAAGGCUGAUAUUCACGGCGCAGACCCGACGCGUAGAAACCGCGACGGUUUGACCCCACUACAACUGGUACGAGCCGGGGACAGUGACACUGCCGACGCAUUGAGAGGUGACGCUGCCUUACUGGACGCUGCCAAACGAGGGGAUCUUGCUAGAGCCAGGUGGUACCCUCAAACUAUUGGGCGGAAGGAUCUCGUGUGGUACGGCGGCACGACGCUGGUGGAGGUGGCGCCGGGCGCGGAGGGAGAGUGCGCGGACAGCGAGUACUCCAUCGUGGAGCGGGAGAUGCAGGGCACCGUCCGCGCGCACAGGGACCACGCGGGGGGGAGCUUCACGCACUAUAAUGUUGUGAGGAUACAGAAGCUGGUGAACGGGCGUCUGUGGGAGCGGUACCAGCACCGGCGCCGCGAGGUGCUGGAGGAGGCCGGCGCGCACAACGAGCGGAUGUUGUUCCACGGGAGCCCAUUCAUCAACGCCAUCGUGCAGAAGGGAUUCGAUGAACGACACGCUUAUAUUGGCGGUAUGUUCGGCGCCGGUAUAUAUUUCGCCGAGCACUCGUCCAAGAGCAACCAACAAAUGCUCCUCUGCCGCGUAACAUUAGGUCGCGCCUUCCAACUGAUGUCUGCGAUGAAGAUGGCGCACGCCCCCCCCGGCCACCACUCCGUCGCCGGCAGACCCUCGCAGGGGGGACUCUGCUUCCCCGAGUAUGUCGUCUACAGAGGGGAACAGGCGUAUCCGGAGUAUUUAAUAACGUACCAAAUUGUGAGCGGGGAACCGAACUCCGGUGCUGUGUGAAAGUGACAAUCAGUGCUCAGUUUUAUAUGUGGACUGUGUCGAAUAACGACUGAUAGCAUAUGUAUGGCGCGACGUCAUGGCGACUUAUAACUCUGUCGUAGGUCCCGAUGGCACUGUUAUACAAUCCUAUGACAAUAUAUGACAUGCGAAUAUUGGUAUAUAGCUCUUGUAGUAUCGGAA